AUGUCUUUCUCUGUAUCCUUUAGUGUUAUAUAUGUGUUAACAUUGAGUGGAAACCUGAUAAUUAUCAUUGUCUGCAGGGUCGAAAAAUCUCUUUGCACCCCAAUGUACUUCUUUCUCAGUCACCUUGCUGCACUGGAAAUCUGUUAUAUUUCUGUGACUGUUCCUAAAAUGAUCCACUAUUCUGUUUCAGGGGACGUUACAAUUUCAUUUGCUGCUUGCCUUACCCAAUUGUAUUUUUUUGGAUCCCUGGGCUCAACCGAAUGCUUCCUUCUAGCCGUCAUGGCUUAUGAUAGAUAUCUUGCCCUUUGCAAGCCUUUGCAUUAUCACUCUCUGAUGACCUCCCAGUUCUGUAGCAGAUCAGUUGGAUGUUGCUGGUCAUUUGGUUUUAUAUUCACCAUGUCCUCUGUCCUUCUUAUUUCAUCACUAAAAUUCUGUGGCUCUAAUCAUAUACAGCAUUUAUUCUGCGACAUCUCCCCAAUUCUUAGGUUGUCAUGCACAGAUAUUCGGCACACAGAGACCCUCAUUUUCCUACUGGCAUCAUUUACAUUGGUGGGAUCCUGCCUAAUCACAUUACUAUCAUAUUUAAAGAUACUCUCUACUGUGCUAGGUAUAUCUACACAAUCAGGUAGGGGAAGGGCAAGUGCAACCUUUGCUUCUCAUUUGACUGUUGUUACAAUAUAUUAUAGUACAAUGAUCUUUGUAUAUGUGCGUCCAACUACUGCAAAUGCCUCCAGUCUCAACCAGAUCCUAUCAAUGUUGUAUACUAUUUUAACACCACUACUUAAUCCUUUCAUCUAUGCCUUGAGGAAUAAAGAGGUACAGAGGGCACUUUGGAAACUAAAAAGCAGAUUAAAGUUGUAG